UAGAGAGAGAGAGCAGCAACCUCAGCGUCAGGAAAUUGGAGAGCAUUGGAGUGAGAAAGAGACCGAAAAUCUACCAGGAUGAGCGAAGCUAAAGAUUACAUCUCCAAAAGACAAAUCCCUCUGCUGUUCGAGAGUAUGUUGACAGGCCUGAUGUAUCAUCAGCCCGAGGAACCCCUUGAGUAUCUGGAGAACUGCCUGAAGAAAGUGCGAGAGAUCGGGGGCCUGGAAAAAGUGCGAUGGGACACGUUCAUCAUUCAGGAGAGACGGGCCUUGCCUCCAGUUGCAGGCAGCCAUGGGAGGAGAGCCAUUUUUCUGAGCGCUCUUUCGGAGAGUCACAGUCUGAGUCACUGCCGAUAUGACCGCCUCCCUCCAAUUCACCAAUUCUCUAUUGAGAGCGACACUGACCUAUCAGAGACCGAUGAGCUAAUUGAGGAAUAUAUGGUGUUUGACCCAUCGAAACCAAGGCCAAGAAUCAUCCUGGUCAUCGGAGGGCCAGCUAGCGGCAAACGAACUCAAAGCAUGAAAAUAGCUGGACAUUAUGGAUUCAUCUACAUAUCAGUGGGGGAGCUCCUGCGUGAAAAGAUGCUUCACAAUGCCAGCAACAACAGGAAAUGGGGCCUGAUAGCAAAAAUCAUCACAAAUGGAGAGCUGGCUCCUCAGGAAACAACAAUAAUGGAGAUUAAGCAGCAGCUGAUGCAGUAUCCAGAUGCACAGGGCUUUGUCAUUGACGGCUUCCCACGGGAUGUUUCCCAGGCAAUCUGCUUCGAUGAUCAGAUCUGUGUUCCAGACCUGGUGGUGUACCUGGCUUGCGCUAACUGCCGGCUGAGGGAGCGGCUGGAGAAGCGGGCAGUGGAAGGGCGACCUGAUAACAAUCCCAAAGCCAUCCACAGGCGCCUCAUUACCUUCAAGCAAAACAUCAUGCCUUUGGUCCAAUAUUACCAGGAGAAAAGCCUAAUUGCAACGUUUGAUGGAGACAGGAUAGAAGAGCAGGUGUUUGAAGAUAUCACAGUGACAGUGGAUGGAAAACUCACCCCAAACAAACAGCCAGUGGCAGGCCCCAGUGAACUCGAUCUCUGUCUGAUUACUGAUGUCAACUCAGAUACUGAGGAGCAGGCUGGAGAUUCUGCCUCUGGUGACGAGUCCCUACAAGAAAAGCUGAAAGUCACUAAAAUUAUCUUUGUAAUUGGGGGUCCUGGUUCUGGCAAAGGCAGCCAGUGUGUGAAAAUGAUGGAGAAAUAUGGUUUCACACAUCUGUCGACAGGAAACCUUCUGCGGAAGGAGAUCAGCAAUGAAACAGACAGAGGUAAUAAGAUAAAGAAGAUCAUGACUGAAGGAGGCCUCGUGCCAUUGGGAACGACUUUGGAGAUUCUGAAGGAUGCCAUGGUAGAGAAUCUGCAGGAGACUAAGGGCUUCAUGAUUGAUGGAUAUCCUCGGACUUUAAAACAGGCCGAAGCCUUUGAUAAAUCUUUUACUCUACCCACCAUCGUGCUGCUCAUUGAAUGCAGUCCUGAGGUUAUGAAGGAACGGCUAAUGAACCGCGGACAAACCAGUGAUCGAUUUGAUGACAAUGAGGUGACUAUAUCCAAGCGGGUGGACGCUUAUUUCGUUGACUCCGUUGCUGUUGUGAAACAUUAUGAGGCUAAAGGCCUCCUGAAGAAGAUUCAAGGAGAAGGAACAGAGGAUGAUGUUUUUCAAAGUAUCACUGCGUUUAUUGAUGAACUUUAACAAGUGACACUGUCAUUAGAAAAUCCCCUGAGGAGCUGCCCUGGGAUCAGAUUACCACAUUUUGCUUCGAGUUUUGUUUUCGUGGCCUGCUUAGAAGGAUUUACCAGGAUCAACAGCACCAAUAAAAUGAGCUAAAAACUCCUGGAUAA